AUGACAACCGCAGUGAGUAGCAUUCCAAAUACAGGACGAAGAAAGUUAGCACUUGUGAUUGGCAUUGGAGCAUAUGAAAAUCUCGAUGAACUACGUAAUCCACAAAAUGAUGCAGACGACAUGUCAAAAGUACUUGGUGACAUUGGUUUCACUGUUGAACUUGUGUUGCAUCCAACUCAGAAAAAAAUGUCAGCUGCAGUUGUAAAUUUUAAAAAGUCAAUUCAACCAGACGAUAUAGUUGUAUUUUAUUUCUCUGGACAUGGAAGUCAAUGGAACGUACGUAUCUGGGUUUUCUUGUGA